CUACGCAACCGCUCGAUCUCGUCGAUAGCGAACCGGUCGAUAGCGGAACGAUGUGCGCGCUUCUAGUGUGACGAUGUGUCGGACGAUCCGGUGCUAGUGUCGAUUGCUGAAGGUGGAACUGUUGAUGGAUGUGGAAGCCUGGUCCUCGGCGAAGAUGGUGUCGGAGGAGGGCAAGACGCGUGCCACGGACUUCUCCAUCGCUGCCAUCAUGGCUCGCAGCGGCGAGCAGCCCCGUAGCCCGCUGCCAACAGCCAGAUCGCCUACUUUUAUAGAUCCAGUUUCCCGCCAGAGUUCACCAGCAUCGAUCAGCUCAGCUGCUUCAAGCAGGUCUCCUGUGCUUGAUGAAGAUGUCGAGGUGGACGUGGAACAGUGCUCGGAUGGAGAACGAGACGCCUCCGACCAUGCCAUACCAUCACCCGCUCCCUCGUCAGAGCUGGGUGAGAGAGACACGCCGUCACCAGCGAGGCCCCUCACCACUCCUGUGACGUCAUGCAACUGCGAGGAGCUCCUGUCAGUUGACUGUCAGCUGGAGACUAAGGAGCUAUGGGACAAGUUCCAUGACCUCGGCACUGAAAUGAUCAUCACAAAAACGGGACGACGCAUGUUCCCGACGGUGCGCGUUUCGUUCGCGGGCUGCCGCUCGGAGGCGCGCUACGCGGUGCUCCUGGACGUGGUGCCGGUGGACGGCAAGCGCUACCGCUACGCGUACCACCGCUCCUCGUGGCUCGUGGCCGGCAAGGCGGACCCGCCCGCCCCCGCGCGGCUCUACCCGCACCCCGACUCGCCCUUCUCCGGGGACCAGCUGCGUAAGCAGGUCGUCUCCUUCGAGAAGGUCAAGCUCACCAACAACGAGAUGGACAAGAACGGACAGAUCGUGCUUAACUCAAUGCAUCGGUAUCAGCCACGUAUCCACUUGGUGAAGAUUCGCGAGGGUAGCGGCCCCAUCACGGACCUCUCUCGAGAACAGCACCGCACCUUCGUCUUCCCUGAGACAGUAUUUACUGCCGUCACAGCCUACCAGAACCAGCUCAUCACAAAACUGAAGAUUGACUCCAACCCGUUCGCUAAAGGUUUUAGGGAUUCAUCAAGAUUGACUGAUUUUGACAGGGAUCCAAUGGAACUGAUGCUGAUGGAACAGCAACUUCUACGCUCACCAUUACGACUUUACGCCGGAGGGACUACGACAGGAGAAGAAGAGGCGGAGAAACGAGCGGCCUGGGCGAGAACUCCGCCAGCAUUGCAACUGCUAGCCCUCGGAGGACGAGCCUGGCCCUCAGCGUGGCCUCAACCCUUGGGGCUACCACCAGACCUGUGGCUCCAGAAACCUCCGACACCACUGCGAUACUGCCCAUAUCCACCCCCCUCAGCGCAAUCCUCGCGCCCCGAUCACAGCCCCUCACAACGACAUCCCAUGUGAACUCACCCUUGUUUUAUAACAAAAUAGACUUGUCAGACGAGAUUACGACGUCGUAUACAUCUAGAUGAUUUAGAUUUACGAUAAAAUGUUAAUAUAAGAAUGUUCCUACCCGGUAUCUCCAUAUUGCGUUUAUAUUUGAUGUGUGAUACGUUGAUACGUCAUGAAAAUUUGCUUCUAAAAUCUCCUAAUAUACACAAAUGACAGUAUUUAAGUCACUGAAAAUGAUUAACCAAAGAUUUGUAAGAAUUGCUUUACGUGUGACGUUGUUAUGGGCAGAAUAGUAAGAGAUUUCAUUAAAGACAUUGAACACAUGAAAAACGCUCGAAGCGUGUGAAAUCGCUCUAAGUCGGACUGAAACCAUGGAGAUUAAAACGCAUUUUGGACUAAACUGACUUUUGUGAAAGUUUUAGUUUCACCCAAUGUUACUAUAAAAUAAAAUUAAUAGAAAAAAACACCACUUCAUUUUUGUCAAACCAAAUAUUUAUGACUUUAAAUAUAACAUUCCAAGAGUAUUUAUUCCAGAAUAAUAGAUAGCACAUAGAUUCUUAUAAAUAGUAAAUGUAUUCUGUAUUAAGUAGAUUCUCUUUCAUACAAAUUGUAAAGUUAAUAAUUGUGUUAAACUAUGAAAAUAACAUGAAUAUUUAUUAGGAAGUUCUCACAUCGUGAAUAAUUUUGAAAAUGUUUUGUGAAUAGAACUAUUUUAUAUUAUUUUAUUAUUUAAAAUGUAUAUUUUAUUAGUAUCAAACACCAGUGAUAAAUAUGACGCUAGUUUAUAAGUGUGUAUUAUAAUAUUAAAUUAUAAUAUUUAUAAUCAUUGUACCUAUGUAUAGUAAGUGAUUAAAUUAUUUUUAGACUAAGUAUUGUAAAUAGAUAAUAGAGGGCCUCGUAGAAAAUCUAUUGGAUAAUUUAAUAAAUUAACUUUAGUCCGUUGUCGCGGUUUAGCUCGUGUCCUAUGAAUAUUUUAUAUAAAACUUCGACGAAUGACAUGAGAGAUAAUUUUCUAACUUCUAACAUUAGAUUAAGGAUUGGUCUCCGCUGCGCUCCAACUAGUCACCGUAUUAUUUAAGAAUAAUAGUGCGUGGCAUCUUGACACUCAAUGGCAUCUUUCAAAUUUUGAAACAUACACUUCGUGUUAUUUUACAUUGAAAUUAAUAAAAUAUAAAUACUUACUGAUGAUAUGUGAUCCCAGUGUCUUUCUUAUUUUUUGAAAUAUUAUUUUUACAAAGUUUUACUAAGCAACUUUUUAGUUUCAAUUAUCAGCAAAGCUUAACAUAUAAUGUGGUACGUCAACGUCACACAUUGUUCGAGACUGGCUCGAGUACGCCCACUUGCGUUAUCUAGUUCAGGAGACCAAUCCUUAAUCUAAGCUUUUAACAUAUUUUAUUCAACACUAACAUAUAUUUUGCAAGAAAAUGUAUUUCUAAAACUAUAUUUUUUAACCAUCGUUUGUUUUACUUACCGAUAACAACUUCGAUGAGAUAAUAUGUAAUUAUCUAAAAAUAACAGGUUAUACUAUACAGAAGUAAUAUACAUUUAUUGACGUACAAUACAAUAGAAUCGACUCCCCCCCAAUCCCCCCCAUCACGCACAAAAAGUGUCCGAGAUAAAAAUGUGUUCCACAAGUCGUGGAGUGGCAAAAGUUAGUUAGCCUUGUUAUGACAUAUUGAUUCAUGAGUAGUAAUAUCCCGCCAAUACCACGAGCGUGCGUGCGACAUUGCACUUUAGCUCACAAGAUAUAGAGCCUAAAAUAGAGUGGAUCAUUUUACGUUACCAAUUUAAUAACUAUACUAAUUGUAUGCAACAAGGCUCGGAUACUUUUUGGUUGCGUUUUCUUUGGUAUUGUCUAUGUUAUUAGUAUUGUUGGUCAAAUCGUUAUUGUUGAUAACGAAAAGUUUAAAAACCCGUAUGAUUUGUAAAACAUCCUGUAUUAACAAUUAAAAUGUACUUAAACAUAGUUUUAUGACAAAGUUAAAAAUAUGCAAAAUAUUGAAUAAACUGUAUGAUUAAAUAAAGAUGUAAACUGUAAGCACAUACAAUAUUUUAUGAUUAAAAAUAUGUUACAACAUUAAUUUAUUAUGUAAAUACUAAACGAAUAGUUAAUUAUAAUAUAACGGUUUACGAAACGUUAUAUUUAGAUCUUUCCAAGAAAUGUCAAUUUAUGUUAGGUCCGAACCACAAUUACUUCUGAAAACUAAAAUUAAAAACAAUUCUAUUUUAUUUUGUAUUAUGUUUUGUUUUUGUUUAAGGGCAAAUCGCGUGGUAGCAAACAUAUCAGGGUACAUCCCUAAGUGUUAAUAAAUAAGAAAAUUUAAAGUA